GACAUUUGGGUGCGGUGUGUUCACGAUUAGCAAUAAAAAAUUGUGUUUUGAAGAAAAUAGUGCAAUUUGGUGGUGUUAGGUGGACCAUCACCGAAUCACCAUGAGUUACAUGCAGUCAAACCAAAAUAGGCCCAUGUCCCAGGGCCACUACCAGGGCCCCAACGACCUGCCCAUGGCCUCCGCCAAGGAGCAGACGCUCGUGUGGCAGCAGAACUCGUACAUGGGCGAUUCGGGCAUACAUUCGGGCGCGCCCACGACAGGGGCGCCCUCGCUCGCCGGCAAAGAGGAGGAGGAGAUGGACCUGUUCGACUUGGACCAGGGCUAUCAGGGCUUCACGCCCGACCAGGUCGACGAGAUGAACAACCAACUGAACCAGACGAGGUCGCAGCGCGUGCGGGCGGCCAUGUUUCCGGAGACCUUGGAGGAGGGUAUCGAGAUUCCCUCUACCCAGUUCGAUCCCGGCCACCAAACCGCCGUCCAACGUCUAUCCGAACCCAGCCAAAUGCUAAAACACGCCGUCGUCAACUUGAUCAACUACCAAGACGACGCCGAUCUGGCAACGCGGGCCAUCCCCGAAUUGAUUAAACUCCUGAACGACGAAGACCAAGUCGUCGUAUCGCAAGCGGCCAUGAUGGUGCACCAACUGUCGAAGAAGGAAGCCUCUCGACACGCCAUCAUGAACAGUCCCCAGAUGGUGGCUGCCCUAGUCCGCGCCAUCUCCAAUUCCAACGACCUGGAAACCACCAAAGGCGCCGUGGGCACGUUGCACAAAUUGUCGCACCACAGACAAGGUCUGCUCGCCAUUUUCAAAAGUGGCGGCAUCCCUGCUCUCGUCAAGCUGUUGAGUUCUCCCGUGGAAAGCGUGCUGUUCUAUGCUAUUACUACCCUGCACAACUUGUUGCUGCAUCAGGACGGGUCCAAGAUGGCCGUUAGGCUAGCCGGCGGGUUACAGAAGAUGGUGGCGCUGUUGCAGAGGAACAACGUCAAGUUUUUGGCGAUUGUUACCGAUUGCCUGCAGAUCUUGGCGUACGGCAACCAGGAGAGCAAGUUGAUCAUUUUGGCUUCCCAAGGGCCCAUCGAGUUGGUCAGAAUUAUGAGGAGUUACGAUUACGAGAAGUUGUUGUGGACUACUUCCAGAGUUCUGAAGGUGUUGUCAGUUUGCUCCAGCAACAAACCGGCAAUAGUCGAAGCAGGAGGCAUGCAAGCUCUUGCAAUGCAUUUGGGGAAUCCGAGUCCCAGAUUGGUCCAGAACUGUCUAUGGACCUUACGUAACUUGUCAGAUGCUGCCACUAAGGUCGACGGUUUGGAGAGCUUGCUCCAAUCUUUGGUUCAGGUGCUGGCCUCGUCGGACGUGAACGUCGUCACGUGCGCCGCCGGCAUCCUCUCCAACCUCACGUGCAACAACCAGCGCAACAAGGUGACGGUGUGCCAGGUGGGCGGAGUCGACGCGCUCGUGCGCACCGUCGUCGGCGCCGGCGACCGCGAGGAGAUCACCGAGCCGGCGGUGUGCGCGCUAAGGCACCUCACGUCCAGGCACGUGGAGUCGGAGAUGGCGCAGAACGCCGUGAGGUUGAACUACGGCGUCCAGUUCGUCUCGCUGUUCCAGGUCAUCGUCAAGCUGCUGAACCCGCCGUCGCGCUGGCCGCUGGUCAAGGCCGUCAUCGGGCUGAUCAGGAAUUUGGCCCUGUGUCCGGCCAAUCACGCGCCGCUAAGAGAGCACGGCGCCAUUCACCAUCUGGUGCAGCUGUUGAUGAGAGCUUACCAAGACACGCAGAGAAGAGGCAGCGUUGCCAGUGGCGCCAGUCAGCAGGACGGCGUGCGCAUGGAAGAAAUCGUCGAAGGUACGGUGGGCGCUUUGCACAUCUUGGCGCGCGAGUCCCACAACCGCGCCAUCGUGCGCCAGCAGAUGGUCGUGCCGAUAUUCGUGCAGCUGCUGUUCAACGACAUCGAGAACGUGCAGCGCGUCGCCGCAGGCGUACUUUGCGAGCUGGCCGCCGACAAGGAGGGCGCCGAGAUGAUCGAGCAAGAGGGGGCCACUGCCCCACUGACGGAGCUGUUGCAUUCGAGGAACGAGGGGUGUGGCUACUUAUGCGGCCGCCGUUCUGUUCAGAAUGAGCGAGGAUAAGCCGCAGGACUACAAGAAACGGCUCUCGAUGGAACUCACCAACUCCUUGUUCCGCGAGGAGAAUCUUUGGAAUCCGGACCUGGGCAUGGGGCCUGACCUCCAGGAUAUCUUGAGUCCUGAACAACCUUAUGACAACAUGUAUGCCCAAGGACCGCCAAGUGUUCACAGUAGUCAUGGCGGUAGACCAUAUCAACAACAAGAUGGAUUUUAAAAGGAAUAUCCCUCUAACAUCUAACAUCUAAGGCUAUGACCAGAUACCAAUAGACAUGCAAGGUCUGGAGAUCGACUCGCACGCCGGCGGCAACGGUUCGACGUACAGCGCGAUGGACGCCAUGGACGUUACCGGUGCCGACGCCGAUCUCAAUUUCGACGCUAUUGAUCAGCUCCCCGCCCCCCCUCAAGACAACAAUCAACUUGCCGCAUGGUACGACACCGAUUUGUAAAUUACUUCGCUCGAUAUGCCAUAUUCGACGUUUCGUAACUUUAUUUUAACGUUUUGCUGAGGAUUAUUGUUCGACGUCCUCGCAAAGUUUGUUGUUUUACGUUGUUACAACGUUCCGAUGGUGACUUUGUGAGAUCGUCGAUAUCCUAUAUUUGAAAGUUUCCGGAUGAUGAAGUAACGUUCAUUUCUCGGCAUCUUUACGUUUGUCUUUUAACGUCCUUAUAACGAUUCGAAUGUUACUUUGUGGGAUCUUAUUCAGAUCUCAGAAAAAUUGAAUAUCAAGUUGAUUUUCAUUCCAGUUAACAUUGUGGUUUUGUUUUUACAAGGUAAAUUACUUGUAAAUUACUUCGCUCGGUAUGCCAUAUUCGACGUUUCGUAACUUUAUUUUAUCUUUCUGCUGAUGUUUAUUGUUCGGCGUUCUCGCAAAGUUUGUUGUUCAACGUUGUGGCAACGUUUCGAUAGGGACUUUGUGAGAUCGUCGAUAUGCCAUAUUCGAAAGUUUCCGGGCGUUCCGUUGCUUUAUUUUAUGAAGUAACGUUCAUUUCUUGGCAUCUUUACGUUUGUCUUUUGACGUCCUUACAACGUUUCGAAUGUUACUUUGUGGGAUCAUAUGCAGAUCUCAGAAAAAUUUAAUAUUGAGUUGAUUUUCAUUUCAGUCUACGUUGUGGUUUCGGUUUUACAAGGUGAAUUACUUGUAAAUUACUUCGCUCGAUAUGCCAUAUUCGACGUUUCGUAACUUUAUUUUAACGUUUUGCUGAUGUUUAGUGUUCGACGUCCUCGCAAAGUUUGUUGUAUAACGUAGUGACAACGUUUCGGUGGUAACUUUGUGAGAUCGUCGAUAUGCCACAUUCGAAAGUUUCCUGACGUUUCUAGACAUCUUUACGUUUGUCUUUUGACGUCCUUACAACGUUUCGAAUGUUACUUUGUGGGAUCACUUUCAGAUCUCAGAAAAAUUAAAUAUUAAGUAUUUUCAUUUCAGUCUCUUAAACGUUAGCUAUUCUACAUUGUUGUUUCAUUUUUACAUGGUCCAUAUUCAAGUUAUUAAUUCGCUAAUUUUGAAAUAUUCAAAUGGGUUGAUCUAAGUAUGUGUCCAGGAUUAAAUAUUUGUUUUUUAUUUUCUUGCAUAGCAACAAACUCUUCCUGCCGGUCUGUUAAGUAAUAGAAAAGCAACUUUCUAUGCUGCUUGGAGAAAAAUGAAUUUUAAUGAAUAAAAUAUUGCUUGGGCAAAAUACUUGGAUACCCGAAUUUGAGAAUUUUUGGUUUCAUAGAUAACGUUACACUCCAUCUGAGAGCAUAAUUUCUAGAACUUAUCUUGGGUUACUUUUCAGACUGAUAAAAAAUCGGAAAAUAUAUGUAUUUUGGUGUUGUAAUUUACAAACGUUGGACUUUUACAAAAUAAUUAUUAUCAAAUGUUUAUGUAAGAUUUCUCCAUCAAUUUUUUCUUUGUUUUAUUGCAAUGUAUGUAUGUUUCAGGCAGCUUGUGUUCUGAAUGAAGGUGAAAGAGAUGAUUGUUCUGAUAGUUAUAUUCAAAAUCGGUAUUCCAAAUUGUGCAAUUGAAAAAAUCCGAGAUGCAAUAGACAUUUUUCUAUAGAAUAAUGAUUUCUUUCAUCAUCAGAUUGUUGUGAUUGUCUCCCAUUAAUUUAAUUAUUGUGUUUAUUUUAAAAUUUAAUAUUGCAUUUAUUUUCAGAUUUACAUUGAUUUUUUUCAUUAUAGUUUUACCUAGUUACUUAAAUGAGGAUAAGUAAGAAAGCAGUAUUUAUAGCAUAAUGAUUAUAUAUUGUCUAAUGUCUAGUGAUAGAAUUUUUCUUUUCAUUGUUAUGCCACAAAAUUAAUUUAACAUAAUUUUAUGGUUGGUUUUCUAAUUCAAAUUCUAUUUUAUGACCUUUCGCACAAUGAUGAAUUCGUGGUGAAUAUUAUUUUUGAAUUUUUAUCAAUAUACAGGGUAGAAUUUUGAGGCACUGCCUUCAUUAUGCAUGUAAUUUAUAGGAAACCAUUACAUUUCUGAUUGUA